GGUCAGAAAAUCUCCAGAUCUUGGAAAUACGAAGCGAAAAAUAGGAAGAAGAAUUGAUUUCGAAGCAAAUUUAAUCUAAUUUUUCGGUUUUAGAUUGAGAACAAAAGGAAGCAAAAGAAAUUAACGGAUCAAUAAUUCUUUUGAAUCUGGCGACAAAUUUCCAAUUCUAAAACUGAAAAAUUAGGGUUUGUUUUUUCUUUUUAGAGUUCCUUGAUUAUUUUCUUGGGUGAAAGAAAAGAACAAAAAAAAAAAAACGAUGAAUGAUCAGUCUCAGAUGAUGAAUCAGCCACCUCAAAUGAUGAUGAAUUCCGUUCAGGUACAAGUUCCGGUUCAGCCGCAGAUGAUGAACCAGUCUCAUCAGUUGAUGGCGGCAGCGGCGGCGGCUCAUUCUCAGGCGAUGAACCAGUUGGCUGCGGCUCAGGCUCAGUCGCAGCCGAUGAGCUCCGGUCCGCAGAUGAUGAAUCAGCCACCUCCUCCGAUGAUGUUGAAUCGAAGCUACAAGCCUUGGCAAUCUCAGGACCCAAACCCUAACCCUAACCUUAGCAAGAAAUUCCCUUCUUUCAAUCGUAAUAACAAUUGGAAGGGCAAGAAAGUCACCGCCGGUAAAGAUUCUAGAAAGUUCGAUAAUAAGCCUUUGCCCAUGGCCUCUCUUUCUGCAAUUUCCUCUGUUUCCGCUGCUUCCGGUAGUAAUACUCAAGGGUACAAACCUCCAACUCUUAAUGAGCUCCAAUCACAGAAUCGGUUAAAAGCCAGGAAAUUUUACGGCAACAAGAAGAAAUUCAAUAACAACAACAAUCGGUUUGCCCCCUACGCGCCGAGGAACACGACCUCGUUUAUAAUCCGAGCGAAAAAAUCAGGUGGGAUAGCGUCCUUGGUGUCUCCGUGUCCGGUGACGCCUGCGGUGCUUCCAACGCCGAUAUUUUCACCGUCGCGGGAGGUUUUGGGUGAUAUGGCCAAGGAAGAAUGGGGUGUGGAUGGUUAUGGGUCGAUGAAAGGGUUGAUUCGGCUUCGAUCACCGGAAGUUGGUCAUGAUGAUGAGGAAGAUGAGGAUGGGGGAAAUGGUGGGGGAUCGAGUGAGAGCGAUGUGGAAGAGCACGUGGAGGUGGAGAGGAGAUUGGACCAUGAUUUGAGUAGGUUUGAGAUGAUAUAUCCAAGUUACGGAGGUGAUUAUAACAAUGUUUUGGAGAAUAGAGUUGAUGAUCAAGAUACCCAUAUAGCUCAACUGGAAGAAGAGAAUUUGACAUUGAAGGAAAGGUUGUUUUUGAUGGAGAGGGAAUUGGGAGAUUUGAGGAGGAGGUUACAGUUUUUGGAAAGGCAGAGUCAGGUAGUGGAAGAUGUUAAUGAGGAGGUUGUGGAGAAUGGGUCUGAUAAUGAGAGUGAGGGCGGUGGUUCUGAUGUUAGGGUGGUUACUAGUGCUGCUGAUCAUAAUAAUGCGCACAUGGUUGAGUUUACCGCUGGAAAAAGUAGAAAUGUUGAUGUUAUGGAGGAGGAUAAUAGUAGUGAAAUGCCUCAGAAUGAAGGUCUAAGGGAUGCUAGUACGGAUGAGAUUGGAGCGGAAGAUGAUGUUGCAAGAGAAGGUGAGCUGAAAAAUGAAGGAAGAAGGGAUGAUGAAUUGAAGGGUCAAGCUCUGAGGGAGGAAAUAUUUCGAGACAAGGAAAACGAGGUCAAAGGUGAUGAAUCAGGAGGCAGUGAGUUUGUAGGGGAGAAGAUUGUUGAAGAAGAGAAAAAUGAGUCCAGGUGUGAAGAAGCAAGGAAUGAGUCUGCUGACAACAAUGAAACAAGGAACGAGGAAGUGCACUCAUGAAGAGCAUUGGCGACGGUGACUGGUUAGACUGUCCCUCGUUAAUGUAAGUCUUUUCUCUAAACGUUGGUGCUUGGGACUGUUUUGAUUAUGGUUAUUGAAACAUGCAACUUCUGGAUAUAUGCGGUCUAAGUAGAUUUGUAGUUUAGUUCUUAAUGUUCUUUUGCAUUUUGUUAGUUUGGCAGGGAAAAGAGAGGAUGAAUUGGUUCUGUUCUCCUUUCCUUUCUCUGCCCUAAAUAUGAUUUAGAAAGUAGGCAUCCUUUCCAGCCUUCUUUUUCUUUUUGUCCUUUCUUUUUUGUUCGGAAAGGGGGUAGUGGGUGUAUUUUGUUUAGCUGGGAGAGGUUUAUCCAUGAAGGUUCUUUCCAUUACAGGCAUAUAUCUGUAUCAAUUUCACCUUCCUUAAGUUUGAAAAAGAACCUUCUAGUAUGUAAGGUAAAUUUGUGACUGAUGUACUUGCAUUUCUUUUGCUUAAUGUCAUAAAGCCUCUUUAACUUAUUUAUCUAUCA